GAGAGGAUGGUACCUAAUGUUGAGGAGAGAGACCUCAUUGUGAGUGAGCUCCAAAAUUAUGAGGGAGGAAGGGGUAAGCUAUUCUCUUCAGAGCUGGCUAGGAGAGGAAGAACCACUCAAACCCCAGAUGCUUGGUGGCAAAAUUGGGGUGGAAACACCCCACAUCUCAAAAAAUUUGCCCUCAGAGUCUUAUGUCAGCCUUGCAGUUCAUCCAAUUGUGAGCGCAAUUGGAGCUUGUUUGAAGCAAUCCACACGAAGAAGAGGAGCAAGUUAGCGCAGAAACGGCUCAAUGACCUUGUCUACGUGCAAUAUAAUCUUCGAUUGCGCGUAAAGAAGGUAGAGGAACUAGAAGGUGGUCCAAUUGACUUGGAUGAUAUAGAUCCUUACAGUGAUUGGACAUCACAGGAGCAGCCUCCAUUGUUUUCCGACACUGACAUCACUGAUUUGGAGAGGCAGGCUAUGGAGGAGGGGGGUGGAUUUGGUUUCAGGUUGGAUGACAUUGAGGAGGAUGAGGAUGAGGAUUCAUUGCCAGUGCCAGAGGCAGGUGGAGACAUAGCUUCAUCCAGGAUGGAGGAUGAGUCUCAAUCAACCAUACCGAGCGAGGAGGCACAGUCACGCCCAGUCCCACAGCAGACUUAUACGACUAGACAGUCUAGACCCUCUAGUUCUACCUCUCCCCAUGUUUUUGCGAGAGCUAGGAAGAGAAAGUUGUAA